AUGAAAGGCGGAGGAGGCAAAUGUGGAAACAUGGAGAAAAUCAAGCCGAUAUUAGCGAUAAUAUCGUUGCAAUUUGGGUAUGCAGGCAUGUACAUCAUCACCAUGGUCUCAUUCAAGCAUGGCAUGGACCAUUGGGUCCUUGCCACAUACCGUCACAUCGUCGCCACGGUUGUCAUGGCUCCUUUUGCUCUAGUUCUCGAGAGGAAAAUUAGGCCAAAGAUGACUUUAAAGAUAUUCUAUAGGCUUCUUGCUCUUGGAAUACUAGAGCCCCUCAUGGACCAGAACUUCUACUACAUAGGAUUGAAAUCCACGACAGCAUCGUACACUUCUGCCUUUACCAAUGCACUUCCCGCCGUCACCUUCAUUCUCGCCCUCAUUUUCAGGCUUGAGAGAGUGAACUUUAGAGAGAAGCACAGUAUUGCAAAAGUGGUAGGAACGGUAAUAACUUUGGGAGGAGCAAUGGUAAUGACUUUGUACAAAGGUCCAGCCAUCGAGAUAGUGAAAGCUGCUCAUUCUUCUAUCCACGGCAGCUCCACCACCGCCACCGGCCAACACUACAUCACCGGAACCCUGGCCAUCAUGGGCAGUAUUUCCACAUGGGCUGCUUUCUUCAUUUUACAAUCAUUCACGCUGAAAGUUUAUCCAGCUGAGUUGUCACUUGUGACGUUGAUAUGUGGAAUUGGAUCUAUCCUAAACUUCAUAGUUUCGAUGAUAUUUGUCCGUGACUUGAGCGCCUGGAAAAUCGGCAUGGAUACCGGAACACUCGCGGCCGUUUACUCCGGAGUGGUUUGUUCAGGCAUAGCAUAUUACAUACAAAGCAUUGUGAUUAGGCAACGUGGCCCGGUCUUUACAACGUCGUUUAGUCCUAUGUGUAUGGUCAUUACUUCUUUCUUUGGUGCUCUCGUUUUGGCUGAGAAAAUUCAUCUUGGAAGCAUUAUCGGGGCGAUUUUCAUCGUGAUUGGACUAUACAGUGUAGUAUGGGGGAAGAGUAAGGACGAUGUGAAUCCGUUGGAUGAGAAAAUCGGAGGAGUCCAAGAGCUUCCGGUAACUAACGUAGUCAAACCAACAAACGGUGACGAUGUCUCGGGAGCACCAACGAACGGUGGAGAUGUCACUGGGGUACCAAUGAACGGUCGUGAUGUCACGGGAGCACCAAUGAACGGUCGUGAUGUCGUGGGAGCAUCGAUCACCGGUGUGGCUACUAGUAACUGA